ACUGCUUCUCACACACGCACUCUUCAUAUAUCGCCUUAUUCAUCAUGACGACCCCGAUUCCAAAGCCGCCUGGCGUCCCCCUGCUUGGCAACAUCUUUGACGUGAAGCCCGGCAACACAUGGGACUCAUUACGCAAGCUCGCAGAAAAGUACGGCGAAAUCUUUCAGAUUAAAGUCCUUGGCCAAACCAUUGUCUUCGUUGCCAGCGCAGCCCUGGCCGAGGAGCUCUGCGAUGAGAAGCGAUUCCGCAAGUAUGUCGGCGGGCCCGUUGUCGAGAUCCGCGCGGCAGUCCACGACUCGCUCUUCACUGCAUAUGAUCACGAGCCAAGCUGGGGCGUUGCUCACCGAAUCAUCUAUCCCAAGCUCAGCCCCGAAGCUAUGAAGCUCCACUUUGGAGAAAUGCGGGAUCUGGCGACGGAGCUGUUCAACACCUGGAGAGGCCUCGGUGACAAGAAUACCAUUUCGCCCUUGGAGCAGCUCAACAGACUCAAUCUCGAGGCCACCACCUAUGUCUUGUAUGGCAAGCGGCUCAAUACACUCAUCGGCCCUCCCCACCCGGAGCUUCAGGCAAUGGAAGACUCGACUUCUGAGGCGAUGAAGCGCCCUACCCGGCCAGGCGUGCUCAACUCGCUGUUGUACGGCCGCAAGUUCAAGUCGUCCAUCAAGGUCAUGAGAGACUAUGCCGCAGAUCUGGUCAAGUACCGCCAGGAGAACCCGACAGACAGGCAGGAUGUAUUGGCCGCCAUAAUGAACACGCCCGACCCUGAGACAGGCAAGAAGUUGACUGACUCACAAGUCAUUGACGAGAUUGUCACAAUGCCCAUUGGCAGCAGCACGGCGCCUUGCUUGCUAGUGUGGGCAAUCUAUUUCCUUCUGAAGAACCCGGAGACGAUUGUCAAGGCCCGCGAAGAGCUGGACCGGGUUCUCGGCGACCGAGAAUUUGAGCUGGAGCACCUGGAGCAACUAGAGUACGUCCAAGGGAUUGUGCGCGAGUCGCUCCGCCUGUCCUCCGCGGCGCCAGGAUUCAACAUUGAGCCGCUGCCCAAGGAGGGCGACAAGAGCCCCGUGCUGCUGGGUGGAGGCAAGUACCAGGUCGCUCACAACCAGGCCAUGAUCAUUGUUCUGCACGGCGUGAACCGGGAUCCAGCCGUGUUCGACGACCCGCUGGCAUUCAAGCCCGAGCGCAUGGUUGGCGAGGCCUUUGAGAACCUGCCUGCUGCAGCCAAGAAGUGGUUCGGGAAUGGCAAGAGAGUGUGUAUCGGCAGAUACUAUGCUCUGCAGUGGAGCCUGGUGGUGCUGGCCAAGAUGAUUCGGGAGUUUGAUUUCGAGAUGGCGGAUCCAGAGUAUGAGCUGGCGCUGGAUGGAUGGUUCAACAUUCGGCCGAUUGACUUUUACGUCAAGGUGAAGCCAAGGGCGACUUAG